CAGACCCCCGCUGCCGUCAACCGCCUCCGCAACCUCAUCUCCGGCCCAGACCCGCGACACCUCCGCAUCGGCGUGCGCAACAAGGGCUGCGCCGGGCUCUCAUACCACCUCGACUACGUGACCGAGCCCGCCAAGUUUGACGAAGUCGUCGAACAGGAUGGCGUGAAGGUGCUCAUCGACAGCAAGGCGCUCUUCAGCAUCAUCGGCAGCGAGAUGGACUGGGUCGAGGACAAGCUGAGUUCGAAGUUCGCGUUCAAGAACCCCAACAUUAAGGACGCGUGCGGAUGUGGAGAGUCGUUCACCGUUUAA